AAGAGUGAUUAUUCCAGGUACACUACAGUUACAACCAUAGAACACGAAAAUGUCUGCUGCUACUGAAACCGCCUUAGCUUACGCUGCCAUCAUCUUGGCUGACUCCGACUUGGAGGUCUCCACUGAGAACUUGAACAAGUUGGUUGCUGGUGCCAACAUCGAGAUCGACGGCAUCUGGGGCCAAAUCUUCGCCAAGGCUUUGGAAGGUAAGGACUUGUCUUCCUUGUUGGUGAACUUCAACGUCUCCUCUGCUCCUGCAGCAGGUGCCGUUGCCGGUGCUUCUGGUGCUGCUGGCGCUGAAGAGGCUGCUGCCGAAGAAGAAGAAGAAGCCAAGGAGGAAUCCGACGACGACAUGGGUUUCGGUUUGUUCGAUUAAAUGUGUCCAGCCAACAGCAAAAGGGUAUAUAAGAGCUAUAUAGUAACAUAGGGCCGACUCCGUUGCUCCUACUUUGUUUUCUUUUCCUUUGGGUAUGUAUAAUUUAAUUCAACCUUGAACUUCUGAUUCCACUACGGCCAGACAAGAUU